UAAAGCAAGGUGGUACAACCAUUACCAUACAGCUUCCACUCAAAAACCAUUCCAAACAUUCCUUCCUGCUUUUUGAAACCAGUUUCAAGAAAAAAGAAAGGGUCUUUCUUUUUCUUUUUCUUUCUUUCUUUCUUUCAGUAUAAUAUUUCUCCAUCAUCCAUCUUCAGUUAAUUCAUCCAUGGAUACUGCUCAGUGGCCACAGGAGAUAGUGGUGAAACCAAUAGAAGAAAUUGUCACAAAUACAUGUCCAAAGCCUACAGGAGGUUUGGAGAGGAAAGCAAGACCUCAAAAAGAGCAAGCUUUGAACUGUCCAAGGUGCAAUUCAACAAACACAAAGUUCUGUUACUAUAACAACUACAGUCUUACACAACCAAGAUAUUUUUGCAAGACUUGUAGAAGGUAUUGGACUGAAGGUGGUUCUUUAAGAAAUAUUCCGGUUGGCGGUGGUUCAAGAAAGAAUAAAAGAUCGUCGUCGUCGUCUUCUUCUUCUACUACUACUUCAUCUUCUUCAUUAAUAUCUUCAAAGAAACUUCCUGAUCUUGUUACACCGCAAUCUUCUACUCAUCAAAACCCUAAUAAGAGCCAUGAAGGUCAAGAUCUAAACCUAGCUUUUCCGUCAACUACUCAUCAAGGUAUAAGAAGUUUUACUGAAUUGAUUCAACUGCCUAGUAGCAUUAAUGAAAGCAACAGCAAGAAUCAAAUCUCUUCUUCUAUGUCCAAUAAUACAGCAGCUACUACUACUACAUCUCAUCAACUUUCAGCUUUAGAACUUUUAACCGGAAUUUCUUCAAGGGGUUUGAAUUCUUUUAUGCCUAUGCCAGUUCAAGAUCCAAGUUCUUCAGUUUACACAUCUGGGUUUCCUCUUCAUGAUUUUAAGCCAAGCUUGAAUUUUUCUCUUGAUGGGCUUGGAAGUGGAUAUGGUAGUCUUCAAGGAGUUCAAGAAACUGCAGGUGGAAGGCUUUUGUUUCCAUUUGAAGAUCUAAAGCAAGUUUCAACUACCACUGAAAUUGAGCAGAAUAAUAGAGAGCAAGGAGAUUCAACUGGAUAUUGGACUGGAACGUUAGGUGGAGGAGGAGGAUCAUGGUAAUUAAUUCGAGAUAAGCUAGACAGAUUGUGGUUAUGAUGAUGAUCACGAAAAUAAUUAAUUUGGGUGGGUCUUAAUUUUCUUUUUCUUUUUCUUUUUCUUUUUUGGAUUUUUGUAAAAAAAAAAAAAUUUAUUAAUUUCUUUUUACUUAUGGUGGGGUGACUUUGUUUGGAUUCUUCAUUUACUAACAGAGAUAGGAUACAUGGGUUUCUCUCUAUAAUAAUUUGCUUUGUUAUUUUAAUUUCAAUUUCAAAUUAUCUUCUCUACGCUUUUAAUUAAACUUGUGGGAGUUUUGAAGCUUCAAUUAGACUGGCUUCAUUAGAAGGGGUGAAAUGGGUUAUUUUAUAAGAAUAGAAGAAGAACAAGAACUAGAAGAAGAAGAAGAGGCAGGAGAAGAAGAGAUCAAGCUAAGCCCAUAAUUUUUUUUAGGGUAAUGAGUAGAAGAGGGGGCCAUGCUCUACAUAUAUAUGGCUUUUACUUCAUGUCAUGUCUUCUACAACUAUAAAAGAAGAGAGAGCAAGCUAGUUAGCAGAAGGCUUAAUUACCCACUAUAAUUAAGUGUCAUUAAUGGCUAAUUAGCUUGGUAUAAAAAAAAAAUAAUACUAAUGUAUUACUAUGAUGUGAAAAUUUGUAAGUUUUUCUAUGGAUGAAAGGCUUUGUUUCUUUUAA